CCCGCCACUGGCUCAAGAUCGACUCACCGUCUCACCCCCGCGCCUCGGCGCCUCCACCGCCGGCCUUCGUCGCCUCCCGCCCCGGAAUCCACCCGCCUCCCUCCCCACCAGAUUCCUCGCCUCCCCCUCCUCCCCUUACUUUAAAACCCCACGCGCGCACACGGCGACACCUCACUCCGCUCCGCUCGCCUCCACCGCGCCGCCGCAACAACCCAAACGCGACCGCCUCGGCCUCUCCCUUCUCCGGCGCCGCCAUGCCGCCGCUCGCCGCGCGCGUGCACGCCCCGCUCCUCCUCGCCCCCGCCGUCCCCGCGGCCCGGCCCGCCGCGCUUCUCCGUGCCUCGAGCGGGCCCCGCGGCGGCGUCGGCACUGGCGUUGGCGUCAGGCAAGGCGCGCUAGCCUCGGAGAGGCCGCCGGCGGUGGCGGUGGCGGAGGAGGCGGGCGAGGAUGCGGGAGGAGGGGAGGGAGAGGGUCCCUACGACACGAUCGUGAUCGGGUCGGGGAUCGGCGGGCUGGUGGCGGCGACGCAGCUGGCGGCGAAGGGCGCGCGGGUGCUGGUCCUCGAGAAGUACCUCAUCCCGGGGGGAAGCUCCGGGUACUACCGCCGCGACGGCUUCACCUUCGACGUCGGCUCCUCCGUCAUGUUCGGCUUCUCCGACAAGGGUAACUUGAAUUUGAUCACACAAGCACUGGAAGCAGUUGGGCGUAAGAUGGAAGUCCUACCUGACCCUUCUACGGUCCAUUUCCACCUACCUGGGGAUCUCUCUGUCCUUGUGCAUAGAAAGUAUGAAGACUUCAUCAAUGAACUGAUCAGCAAAUUCCCUCAUGAGAAGGAAGGGAUCCUUAAGUUCUACGGAAUAUGUUGGAAGAUCUUCAAUUCAUUAAAUUCAUUGGAGCUGAAGUCCCUAGAAGAGCCCCUUUAUCUUUUCGGGCAAUUUUUCCAGAAGCCUCUAGAAUGCUUAACUCUAGCUUAUUAUUUACCGCAGAAUGCUGGGGAUAUCGCUCGCCAGUUCAUAAAAGAUCAGGAGCUACUCUCCUUCAUAGAUGCUGAGUGUUUUAUUGUGAGCACAGUCAAUGCCUUGCAAACACCCAUGAUAAACGCAAGCAUGGUCUUGUGCGAUAGGCACUUUGGGGGGAUUAAUUAUCCAGUUGGUGGUGUUGGUGGUAUUGCGACAUCCCUGGCAGAUGGCCUUGUUGAAAAGGGCAGUGAAAUCCGUUACAAGGCGAAUGUAACCAACGUUCUUCUUGAAAAUGGGAAAGCUGUUGGUGUGAGGUUAUCAAAUGGGAAGGAAUUCUUUGCUAAAACGGUGAUAUCAAAUGCCACAAGAUGGGACACUUUUGGAAAGCUGUUGAAAGACAAAGAGCUUCCAGAAGAGGAGAAAAACUUCCAAAAGAAUUAUGUUAAGGCGCCAUCCUUCCUGUCAAUUCAUAUGGGUGUCAAAGCCUCAGUCUUGCCUGCUGGCACUGACUGCCAUCAUUUUGUACUUGAGGAUGAUUGGAAUAAUUUGGAGAAGCCUUAUGGAAGCAUAUUUCUUAGUAUCCCCACAGUUCUUGAUCCAUCAUUAGCUCCUGAAGGACAUCAUAUACUUCAUAUAUUUACUACCGCAGGCAUAGAAGAUUGGGAGGGUCUUUCGAGGAAGGAAUAUGAAGAGAAAAAAGAGGUAGUGGCCAAUGAGAUUAUCAGAAGGCUUGAAAAGAAGUUGUUUCCUGGUCUUCAAGAUUCAAUAGUCCUCAAAGAGGUAGGCUCACCAAAAACUCACCGAAGAUUUCUUGCUCGAAAUGAUGGUACAUAUGGACCGAUGCCACGGGGUAAACCAAAGGGCUUACUGGCAAUGCCUUUUAACACUACAUCAAUAGAUGGCCUUUACUGUGUUGGCGACAGCUGUUUUCCUGGGCAAGGUGUCAUUGCUGUAGCAUUCUCAGGGAUCAUGUGUGCUCACCGAGUUGCAGCAGAUGUUGGACUAGAGCAAAAAUCUCCAGUUCUAGAUGCUGGUCUUCUUGGGCUACUCAGAUGGUUGAGAACACUUGCAUAGUACAGUUUCAGGCAAAAAUUGAAGCACCUUGGGCUAUUCAUGAGCAAAAAUUUUGAUGGUUGAGAACACUUGCAUAGAACAAUUUCUUCUUCUUCAGAAGGCUGAUUUUUCACAAAUGUUAGGAUUCUGCAUGAUCUGGAGCUGCUGUCUGUCUUAUCUAUGCCAUCCGUCUUGCUUAGAAUUGGGACUUAUUCAUCUCAGCGGUCAUCUACUGAAACUCCCAAAAGAAGAAUGGGAAUACGAAUAGGUGUACAGAUUUCAGAUUCUAAAUCUGGGGGGUUAGGAUCAAUUGUAGCAUUCAUAUCAGCAUCUAAGCCUGUAACCUUUACACACUGGAGUGAUCAGAUGCAUUAUCAACUGUGUACUUCAAAGCUCCACACUAAGGAGAGCUCUACAUCUUGUUGCAAUAUACAUCAUACGGAUGUGUCGCCUGCGACUUUCAAAGUUCA